CUGAUGCUGAUUUCUUGCAUGGAGCAGCUUAAGUCCAGCCCCUCAUGGCCAUUUUCUUGGAAGGGAGAAGGAUAUAUUUGAUAAAUGGGUUGUUUGGAUCUUACCGUGGUGGUGGUGUGACUCCUUGUUAUGCAUGCCUGGCAUUGGAGAGCAGGGGAGAUCCUGGGUCCCCAGCCGUGGAGUUUCCACUCAGGGUGAUUACUGGCUCUUCCCAGUACUUUGAAGAGCAUUAGUGAUAAUUAAUUUUCUGUAUACUGUACCAUCAGCUCACCUACUAGGAAAAAAUGCCCUCUUCAAGACAAUAAUCCGUAGGAAGAGUGUUAUGGCAGGGACUGGCUGCCUCCCAAGAAAUAUCUCUCUGAUCUGUGGAAAAAAAUGUGCUGAGGCCAGUUGGUGCAGCAGCAGUGGUGUCUCCAUUAGCAGUGACUGAGGCAGUGAGGAGGCCCCUUUCUUUUGUAAGAGCUGAAUGGUGGAUGCUGCUGCUCACAUCCCACACUGAGAUAGGGGCAGAGGCUGAUCUACCUGUUUUGGAGGGCAUCAGUGGGCUCUGAACACAAAUACGAGGGAUCUGGCACCCUGUUCCAGGGUGGUGGCUGAGUGUCUGGUGUCUCUCUGGGCACCUUGCCCCAACAGGGAUGGGACAUGAACACCCCCUGGCAGGAGCAGCCGCCUGGGAUGGGAGCUUCAUAGGUGGCUUUGCCCCGAAGCUGCAGCUGGUGUAAUUACACCCUGCAGCCUGGCACAGGGUGAGAUGUGGAGUCUGUGGCAGGGGCUGGAGCCAUGGCUAGGGCGGUGAGGGGGCUGAUGACGAUGAAAUGCUCGGAGGGAAAAUAAAGCAUCAGGAUUUCAAAGGCAGGAUCCUUCCCUGGUGUUUGCAUAUUCGCACUGGCUCUGUGUGGGAACAUAGUUGGUCUGCAGUGGCAUCAGUGGCAAGUUGCAGAUGGUAUAUGGGCUUACAUCUUCCUGUGGAGCAAGUCGGAGCAUCUGUGUUAAUAAGGAAGAGCCUUGUUUUUCCACAAAAAGGCACCUGAAUCAUCAGUGCUGCUGCCCACAGCCCCUUCUCAUGGGUCAGGGAAAGCUUUGGGAUCAUCACUCUCUGGUUGACAGCUUGGUCCUGGCUCAGGGAUAUAUCCCUAGCACUCCCUUGUCUGGAGGCAGGUGCCUUAUUAAUAGCUCUGGUUCGAAGUCUCCUUCCUAGGAGAGGCUUGCUAAGGAGAAGCCUUGGAGCCUGGAGCUCAGUUCCAGCCAUGAGGACAUGGAAAUGUCACAGGAACCUCUGUCAUGUGGGAUUUGGAGGUCUUUGCCAUUUACAAACUCUGCCUUUAGGCAUUGUUGGCAUAAAACAUCCACACAAUGAGAGCUGUUCAUUAAAUCUGUUAUCAGCAUUCUUCCUCUCAGACCAUGUCCUCCUCCAUCAAAAUCGAAUCCGUUGUGAAGGAGAAGAACAGGAUGGGAGAGUGCCCAGUCUGGGAAGAGAGGGAGAGCGCGCUCGUCUAUGUAGACAUUAACUCGCAGAAAGUUUGCCGCUGGAGCUCACUCACCAACGAGGUGCAGAGCGUGUCUGUGGAUGCCCGUGUUGGCUCAGUGGCACUGCGGCAGUGUGGGGGCUACAUCAUCGCCCUGGGGACCAGGUUUGCCUUUCUGGACUGGGACACCAAAGCGGUCACCACCAUCCUUGAGCUCGAGCAAGAUAAACCCAACAACAGAUUCAAUGAUGGGAAAGUGGAUCCGAAGGGAAGGUUUUUUGCUGGUACAAUGGCUGAAGAAACAGCACCAGGGGUCCGAGCAAGGCGGCAAGGAGCUCUCUAUACCCUUUUCCCCAACCACUCAGUAAUAAAACAGUUAGACCAGGUGGACAUCUCCAAUGGUCUGGACUGGUCCCUGGACCACAGGACCUUCUUUCACAUUGACAGCCUGGCAUACGCUGUGCAUGCCUUCAGCUACGAUGUGCACACUGGAAAGAUUGCCUGCCCCAGACUUUUGUACCACCUAGAAAAGGAGGAGCAAAUGCCCGAUGGGAUGUGCAUAGAUGCAGAAGGGAAGCUCUGGGUGGCCUGUAUUGAUGGCGGGAGAGUCAUUCGUAUAGACCCAGAGACAGGAAAAAGAAUCCAAACUGUGAGGCUGCCUACUCCGAGGAUCACUUCUUGCUGCUUUGGUGGAAAAGACUACUCAGAAAUGUACGUGACUUCUGCAUAUGAUGGACUGGACGAGACCACCUUAGCCAAGGAACCUCAUGCGGGAGAGAUUUUCAAGGUAACAGGCCUGGGUGUGAAAGGGAUCCCACAGAAUUUCUAUGCUGCUUGAACACUGAUGUUAAAUAACAAAGAAGAAGUGCUUGCAUCUUGUAGUAACUCUGACCAAUGAACUGCAGAAUUUAUCUGGAUGAGGAUUUCUAAAUCCACAUGUGAGAGCAUUCCUGUUUGGACUUGAAGAUAUUCCUUCUCCUGUGGGCCUGUGCCUUGAUGCAAUAGGUUAGAGAGAUAAAGUUAGCUGGUGUUACACCUGGAUAGCUUUUGUGACUUCCCAUAGACCUCUUCAAGCUCGAGCUCAGUUUUGUUGAACUUUCUGAUGGACAAGCUCUGGAUUUUCAAAACUGGGUGGUUCCUGUAGCAGAAUCUGACUUGUGGUUUGUCUUUUCAUGUUACAGUGAUGUACCAGCAAUGAUAUGGCAGAUGUUAAUAAACAUUUUAAGUAAGUGA